GUCGUCGCCGACUGGGUCUUUGGCGAGUUCGGGCGUCCCGCCGACCAGCCCCCAGGGGCUGUCCGUGUCUCCGGCACCUCCGUCCCCAUCAGGUGGGUGCCUCCCCCACUUGUCCGGCCCCCCACCCUCCUCCUGGCCGCCAGUGAGUGUUGUGUGUCCGGCCGCGCCGGCAGUUCGUCGGGAACAGCCGCGCCGAUCAGCUGACAUGAGGCGCGCGCGGCGUCUCCUUUAAGAGCAGACAGCUGACGGCUCGGAGGUGGCCGGCGCUCGUGCUGCAUGCUCCCCGUCACCAUUGAGUACUUCAGAAGAUACUUCGGGAUCAGCGGGUGCCAGCGGUCGCCGCCAGAAUGCGCCAGGCGCGCUACGGUAGCCGGCAAGACUCCGCCGCCCAACAACAAUUACAUUUACGGGGACGGGUUCAGCUGUUUCAAGACGAGAGGAGGCCGCAGCUCUGAGGCCCCUGCCCCGCCCCCGGCGGCCGCCCCCGGCGCUGAAGCGACUGUGACCUGUGUCCCGGCCAGCCCACCGCCCCUCACUGUGUCUUCAAGUAUGCUGCUUCUGCAGACGCAGGCGCCUUUCGGAUCAAGCAGCUUCGCGGACCUGCUGUCCGCGCCCUUCCCCGACGACUCCGGCGCGCUGCCCGACGACUUCGACCCUUUCCGCGAGCUGGCGCCGCAGCAGUUGUCGCCCAGCCACGAGUCUCCCGGCCUGGCGCCCCUGCCCAGCUUCCAGGAGACGUACUCGCCGCGCUACGUCCGGCCGCAGACGUCCACCUCACCAGAGCUGACGAGCCUGGGCGGCUGGUCCAAGAUGGACGAGGAGUGCUUCAACGUGACUCCCUACGCCAACCACCACCACCACCACCAUCACCACCACCAGCACCAGCACCACCUACCGCAGCACCACCAGCCGCCGUCCUCGCCGUUCGACUACCCGGCGGCGGCGCACCACCAGCCCUACUCGCCGUACUACCCGCAGCCGCAGCCGGCGCCGCUGUCCCAGGACAGCUACUCGCUGCCGCACUUCCCCAGCGCGUCGCCCGAGCUGCAGCCGGCGGCGGGGGCGGCGCGCCAGAGGCGGGCGUCUCUGCCGCUGCAGCGCUCAGAGUCCACCAGCAGCAGCGAGUCGCCCAAGCUGCGGCCGGGAGCGCUGCCCUCGGCGUCCUCGAGCGCCUCGUCGUCCCCCGGGGGCGGCGGGGAGGCGGCGCCCGCGCGCCAGCCGCCCCCGCACGGGCCGGCGCCGCCGUCUCCCUCGCAGCUGUGCGCCGUGUGCGGCGACACGGCCGCCUGCCAGCACUACGGCGUGCGCACGUGCGAGGGCUGCAAGGGCUUCUUCAAGCGCACCGUGCAGAAGGGCUCCAAGUACGUCUGCCUGGCCGAGAAGGCCUGCCCCGUGGACAAGCGGCGCAGGAACCGCUGCCAGUUCUGCCGCUUCCAGAAGUGUCUGGCGGUGGGCAUGGUGAAGGAGGUGGUGCGCACCGACUCGCUCAAGGGCCGCCGCGGCCGCCUGCCGUCCAAGCCCAAGUCGCCGCAGGAGUCGCCGCCGUCGCCGCCCGUGUCGCUCAUCACGGCGCUGGUGCGCGCGCACGUCGACACCACGCCCGACCUCGCCAACCUCGACUACUCGCAGUACCGCGAGCCCAGCCCCGUCGAGCCGCCCAUCAACGAGUCGGAGAAGAUCCAGCUGUUCUACAGCCUGCUGACGACAUCGGUGGACGUGAUCCGCCAGUUCGCCGACAAGAUCCCGGGCUUCGCGGAGCUGUGCCGCGACGACCAGGAGCUGCUCUUCCAGUCGGCGUCGCUUGAGCUGUUCGUCCUCAGGCUGGCGCAGCGGACGAGGCCGGACGACACCAAGCUGACGUUCUGCAAUGGCGUGGUGCUGCACAAACAGCAGUGCCAGAGGAGCUUCGGCGACUGGCUGCACGCCAUCUUCGACUUCUGCCAGUCCUUGCACGCCAUGGACAUCGACAUAUCAGCCUUCGCGUGCCUGUGCGCGCUCACCCUCAUCACAGAGCGCCACGGCCUUAAGGAGCCACACAAGGUCGAGCAGCUGCAGAUGAAGAUCAUCGGCUCUCUGCGCGACCACGUGACGUACAACGCCGAGGCGCAGCGCAAGACGCACUACUUCUCGCGGCUGCUCGGCAAGCUGCCGGAGCUGCGCUCCCUCAGUGUGCAGGGUCUGCAGAGGAUCUUCUACCUGAAGCUGGAGGACCUGGUGCCCGCCCCGCCGCUCAUCGAGAACAUGUUCGUGGCCAGCCUCCCGUUCUGAGCGCGCCCGGUCCCGUCCGCCAGCCUGCGGAAACAACGUCCCAUGUGUGCCCCGGAUGAUCCCACGUCCCUGAACAACACCUCGACGCCCUUCCAUCGCAAGACUUCUCUCCUGAGUGGAUGUCCGUCCCGUUGAGGCCUGCGUUGGCUGGAGAACAAGUCCUUUUGUGGAUCCAUGGGAAGUGCAUCCUACGACAGGUCCUGCAACAGCUGACUUUACUGAAGACGAUGUUGACUCGCAAACAUCGGGGGAUGUAUCUUUCGAGUAGGCACCAGAACCAUCGAGGGCUGAGCCAACCGGAGAACAUGUCUCUUUGAGGAUCCACGGAGCAGGUCCUAGAGAGCUGGCGUCCCUGAAGGUGACGUCCUUAGCUGUGCAGGUCCGUGCAUGGGCCCCCGCUAUGUAAUAUCUGGAUACCUUGAUCUCUUAUAGUUUCUCCGUCAACCAAGACAGGUCUUCAUCCAGAAUAUGUGUUCGUUCGUUCUGCCCAUCUCUUCACCAAAGUGCUACAUCACCCUCUCGAUAGGGGCACGUCAAACGACUUAAUCGCAUAUCUCUUAUGGUCCUGCAAAAGGUUUGCUGUGAAUUAACUGUAAGUUAUCAUCUACAGUUGGUUAUUUAAUCUCAGCUUGUCUUAAUUUAAGUGAAUAGAAUUGAUGUACUAUUAACAAUUCUUACAUUUUGUUGUCGCAACAAUGCUGGAAGUCUAUUUCUUUUGUCAUUAGAGGGGUAUGGAGCUUUUGAAGCUACAAAGUACCUUAAGCCAGUUUUCUUGCCAUGUGUCGAACAAGAGCAAAGUGACCGAGAAAUUCUACGACUGAUAUGAUAGUUUAGUCUGCACUUAGUUACCAAGGCAAAGUAUUACCCGAAUCUGAAGACAAGAUGAUUGUGAACUUUGUGACAUGAAUUACCGAUUUUUUUAGUACUUUUAUGGCCAGUUACGUCUCUUUAUGUUACUUAUCGAAGCUAGAGGCUAGACUUAUUUUGACUUGUCGAUUACGCAUUCUGCUAACAGCUAGUUCCUUCCAUAGACUUAAUGACUUCAUUGUGCACUUCCCAACUUUAAAAAGUCAUUAUUUUUAGCUGUUUAAUGAAAGACUAUGCGUGUAUCGAUGUUGUUGAAGACAUUUUUUCCCAAGAAGCUGCGACUCGCAGUGAUUUAUUUUAUUGUUUAAGUGUUGAGGACUUUCGGUGCUUUAGUAAUUGUUUGCGGUUACUAUCAAUUAUUAUUAAAUGUGUUUGUUUAUCUAGGAAUAUAUGUUCAGGUUAACACAGAGAACAAUAAAGCUACGUCCAUGUGUUAUCGGGAUUCUUCUAAGAAGAAAAUUAUCAUCUUGUGCCAGAGUAAUGUUUCCUUUGUGUAUCUUUGUUGUGGUUCAGACAAACACGUUAUAUAAGACAUCAACAAUGAACUCGCAUGUGUACGGCACAUCAUUCUCACUUGAACGACAUAUCUGUAUAAUUCUCUGUAAGUGUUGGACUGUCUAUCGUUUGUGACUUAGGUUUCUUUUUUCUGUACCAACUGUAUGCUCUGCUAUCAAGGAAAUAAUAUUUAGGCACCUAGAUCUUACACACAAAUGAUAAAUAUGAAAAGACAUCCACAGCUCUGUUGGAAUAUAGCUAGACAUGUUCAAAUUAAAUAGUUACUUAAAACUUUAUGUAUAAAAUUACUUUAUAUUUAAACUUUCUAUAAUGUUUGCAGUUAUAUAAACUUGCAUGUUUGUAUUACUUUGUGUGAAGAUAUUCCAGAAAAAGAUUACUUUAAAUGAGUCGAGUGUGCACCGCGCGCUUAUUUUGAUGUUUAUGAUAACUAUACAAUAAUACUUACUUUAGUAGAACUGUUUUACUUUGCGGCUAAUGCCACUGCUGUGCAGUACUAGCAUACGAAUAGGUAUGAGGGCGUGUGUUAAAAGAUAACAGUGGUAAAAAUUAUUGGAACUGCGUAUUAAUAGUAUCUCAAGUGCACCUUUCUGACACGGAAAUUGUAUGUUCACAGGCUGUAGUCUUGACACUAUAGUGCUCUGUAAUGUGUAAAUGUGUGUGCUGUAUUACAAUCUCAAACCAACCAAUGCGUAAAUGUCGUAGAUAAGUUCUCGUAAUUCAUUGUUACCAAGUUAAGAAAUUAUUGUUUAGUACCGUAACCUGGGGUGAAUGGGGACAAGAGGGUGAAUAGGGACAGAAACUGGGAAAAACUAUAUUUAUAAUAUAUUUUGCUUAAACUAAUGAGUAUUAAAUUUCUAUAUAGUAGACUACGUUAAAAAAUUGUUUGUUUAUCUAAAAUAGCAAGUGCAAUUGUAUUCUGUAGCUUUUAUUUCAUGUUGGCAGCCCUAGUUAACAGCUGUUGAAUUGGGAGGCCAUAUUGUGCCAUCACAAAUGUUGUUUGCUACAAGCUUAUUUCAGCUUCUAUGUUUUCUUGAAGUAAAUGUCAGCUUUUAGUGUAGUCUGGUAAGUUUUUACACAAAAAAUAUUAAAGAUCCUACUAUUUUUAAAAAAAUGAUCAGUUGAUUUUUAUCAAGCUUGUAAUUUCUUCAUAAAAAUGGGGUGAAUGGGGACAUAAAAUCAACUUGUAUACAAAUCACAAAAAUUUUGUUGUUACAGUUUUUGUUAUUAGUCAUAUUAUUAAAUUGAAUUUAUUAUAACUAACAUUAUUCAGUUCUAUAUUUUGUUUUGUAAGUUGUAAUUUAGGACUUUACUUUCUUUUUCAGUGAUUAAAAUGCCUAGAAAAUACAAAAGGGAUCCUCGUUCAAAAGAGCAUCGUCCUAUAGACAGGAAAAAGGUGAAUCUGGCAGUGCAAGCAGUUAAAAUGGCAUGACUAUUAGGAAGGCUGAAGAAAAAUUUGGAGUUUCAAAGUCUGCCCUGCAUCGUUAUUUGAAGCAGUUUAGAGACAAUGAAGGUAAACAUAUUGAUUUCAAGAGUAAGCGUGGUCAGACUUUGCUCCCUUCAGAUUUUGAGAAGGAUAUUGUUGAGUGCCUCCAAACGUGUGCUGGAUGGGGAUAUCCUCUAAGUGAGUUCGACUUAUGCUGUUUUGUCAAAUACCACUCAGACAGAGAGGGCAAGACCAUAGCAAAAUUCAAAAACAACAUGCCUGGCUAUGAGUGGGCACUUCGCUUUUUAACUCGACACAAAACUGACCUCUCUCAAAGAUUAUGUCAAAACAUUAAAAGGAGCAGAGAAGAAGUCUCACCUGUAUCAAUAAGUUCUUUGAUGAACUAGAAGCGACUACAGAUGGCAUACGAUCACAUUUAAUAAUUAAUUAUGAUGAGACAGCACUCUCUGACGACCCAGGCCGAUGGAAACUCAUUUUCAAAAGAGGCUGCAAGUACCCCGAACGAGUAAUGAAUCGGAGUAAAGCAAGUGUAUCUGUCAUGUUUGCUGCAACUGCUUCAUGUUUGCUGCAACUGCUUCUGGGAAGAUGUUGUCUCCAUAUGUGAUUUACAAGUCCACAUAUUUGUACGAUUUGUGGAGUGAAGGUGGACCUCCUGGAACCUUUUACAAUCGUAGUAAGUCCGGUUGGAUGGAUGGCAACUGCUUUCUCGACUGGUUCAAACGAGUUAUCAUCCCAUACUGUCGUCGAUUCGAAGGAAAGAAACUUCUCAUAGGUGACAACUUAAGCUCAGACUUAUCUCCUACAGUAGUCAGAUUAUGCGAGGAAAAUUAAAUCUUGUUUGUUUUCCUUCCUCCAAACUCGACACAUCUGACACAGCCUUUGGAUGUCAGUCUAUUCAGGCCUCUCAAGAUGAGCUGGAGAAAAGUUAUAGAAGAAACUAAGGCCAAGGCUCAAGGAAAACACAAGCCAUUUGAUAAGAAAUAUUUCCCUUCCCUCCUGAAAAAGACCAUGAAUUUGAUGGAUAGGGAACUUGAACAUAACAUCCAGGCUGGAUUUGCUAAGGCAGGCAUUUUUCCUCUCAACAGGAAAAGGGUGCUCGACAAGCUACCUGCUUGACAUAAUAAGGAUGAACAAAAAGAACAGACUGUAGACAGCAGCCUAACAGAAUUCCUAAAAACUAUGAGGUAUGGAACUUCUGAUGAAGAAGUAACAAGGGGCAGAAAAAAGAGACUAAAUGUCCCUGCAGGGCGUAGUGUGACAGUUGCAGAUUUAGAGGGAUCUGAUACAAAUGAUUCUGAAUCAGAACAUGUGAUGUCAGAACAUGAUGAAUUGGUUUUAAAUAGACACGCAUCCAGUGAAUGUGAGAUACCUAACGGCAAGGAAGGAGAAAAAGAUCCAACAGAAGGGGACUGGGUAAAAGUCAGAUUUGCAUACGAUCGGGGCAUCAAGAUUUUCAUAGGAAGGAUAGUGAAGAAAUUUGAGACGGAUGAGCACCGGUACAUUGGAACAUUUCUGCGGCAAUCAACCAAGUGCUCAAACAUACCUAUUUGUUUUUCCCAAUGUGCCAGAUGAAAGUGACUUCUCAAAGAAUGACAUUUUAGCUGUCCUGAAUGAACCAACUGUGCGCAGGGGACAUUACUCAUUCACUCCAAAUCCACUUUCGACUUGAACUCAGUGUAAAUUUGAGAGCAGUUUCAUGAUUCUUAUAAUUAUUGACAUGUGUUCCAAAUAUUAUUAGUGUGCAUUGAUCAUUGCUAUAAAGAUUUUUUAAGCAGAACAAUAUUGUCAACAUUUCAUUAGGAGCCUCCUUUCAUUAAAUAAAAUAGAAAAUACCAUGUAAAAUUAAAUAAUUACUAUUUCCUUAUUUGGUAGUACAAAUGUAAAUGUCUGCUUGAUGCUUUGUAAAUUAUGUCCCUAUAUACCCCUGUGAUUUAAAAAUAGGGACUACCAUUAAUGAUACACUAUUGUCCCUAUUAACCCCGACAUUGGGGUGAAUAGGGACACCAAUAAAAAAAUUAAUAUAUGUUAAAUGACCGCAGGUAUCAAACUUUAAUAACAGGCUAUGAAUAGCUUAAGGGGAGUGCAAGAAGGAAAAAAAACUGUCUGUUCACAAAAAAAUUACAUUUAAAAGUUACUUGUAAAAACAAUUAAAAACUGUCCCUAUUCACCCCAGUUUACGGUAUAAUCAAUGGUAUAUAUGUAAUAUGUUCUUUGCUGGAAAUAUUUUCUAAGGGAGCAUAUACAUAAAUAUAGAUAUAUUUUAUGUACAAGAUGCUAUGAGAGAGUAUAUUUUACACGAGGACUGUAGGGUGAUAUUGCGUGUGAAUGUUGAUCGCGAUGGACACGAGUGGGUGGAGGACUAAAAGUGACGGAGGCUUCUAGCGUGCGGAGAGUUCGUUCUUGAUAACACUUUUUUGUAUUCCUCUACAAAUACAACUUACCUUGUUUCGUAUCAAGUGAUGAAAACCAAAGUUUGAAAGCGAGCAACAAAAUGUUACCAUUUUUAUUCAACCAAAUGCUGUAUUGUGGCACGUGCUAAUCUCAAACUAUUUUGACUAUCGUUUGGAAUAGUUUGGUGCUAUAUUUUUUUAUUUACGUCUGUAAAAAGAAUUGCAGAUUUUAAAACAUAUCUUUCUAUUGGUCGAGUGUCUGUGAUAGUUAAUAUUAUUAUUAUUAUUAAAUGUGUUUUUUUUUCUGGCACAUAACGUACAAGAUAUAUUUAUGAAACAAAUUUGAAUUUUUGAAUAUUUAUAAAAGAAGCAAAAUAUUUUUAUCAUGUUUGUUUAUUUUCUUUCCUGAAAAUGAUAACUUAUGAAAAAUUUUGUCCUAAAGUGAGAAGUAAAGUAAACUUAAGUACUCUGAGGUAAAUGGUAGUGCCAUUAUAGUGACUGUGAAUAAUCUUUUCAGUUUGCAAGCUGCAAAAGAAAAUGUUAUCAAAAUUUUCGUCAUAUGUUUAUGAAACUUUGUCUAUCUUCAGUCCUGUCGAAACAUUGAAUACAAGUCCACAGUGACUGGCCUAAUAAUUAUAGUUUACAUGUUCCACAAAGAUGUUGGUCGAUUUUAUAACCUCAAAAUCUGUAAUAGCUCUACUACAGAAAGUAUGUUGUACUACUUAUACCUUGCUGAGUCAUAGACACUGUUUAAAUGUUUUACAAACAAUUUUUUACUGCCUUGACAUUAUAGAUGCUGCCUUUUUGAGACAUAUAUGACUGUACAUAAUGAAAUUUAAAAAAAAAACACAGUUACCAUGGGGCUGUAGCAGUUUACUGCGAUGGUCUCAAGUUGUUUGUUGUUAAUCUGAAUGUGGAUUUAAGUGUAGGUGUGUACUUUCGGCUUCUAGUUGUUUUCCUUCUCUUUCUUUUGUUUGUUCCUCUAGUUUUGAAAAGACAGAUAUUUAUAUUAAAAUUGCGUAUUUCACAACAAUGCAAAUUAUCUAUUAAAUGAGUCGAAAUUUGUUAUUUUAUGUGUUAAAAGUAUUUAUAUUUUGAUAACUUCUUAAGUGGCAUUUAUCUAAAUAUGUGAAUUCCAUAUGCACGGUUAGUUUCCAUUACUACAAGAAUUAUAUUGUUAAUUGAAUGAGAAAUUAAAACGUUUGCAUUCAAAUUUCGUGUUAAAUGUUUUUUCUUCGGAAUUUCAUACAACAAUUUGCUGUUAUCAAGACGAGAUUAAAUCAUUUUUAUCGCGUAAAAGAAAUAGACUUGUUUCCGCGACGACAAUUUAAACGCUUCAUGGAAUUCCCAAGUGAUUGUUUCGGUCUUCGGUCCAUCUGAAUGCACAGGGGUUGCCUCUUGAGAAGUUACGACCCUCUGUAGUUGAAUAAGUGUGCCGUGUUUGCAUGUAAGUGAACAGGCUGUUGGGAUCAAAUCGCAUGAACUCUCCAAGAAAGUAUUUUCAAAAUUCUCUGGAGGCUGCAGUGGGGACCAAUGAGAACUCUGGUGUUCAUGUUGUUCGCAGAAUUGAUAUCAUGCAUGUUGUAUUUCACAGUUCUGUGCAUGUUAGGACCGAGAGCUGCGUUCAUUGGCCGCUGACGGAGAAAUAUUGAAUGAGUUUCGCGCAAUCUGGUCCAUUUGAUGCGGGUUUGUCAUUAGUUUAAUGCCGUGAAGAGACAGUGAGAUGAGCUGCGAUCCAUUUGAAGAAUAAAAAUUAACGCACCUGUGUUUUCGAAUUUGGUCUGUCGUUAAAUGAUAUCACGUGAUUAUUCGGCUUCUACCGAAGAAUGUUUUGGAGUCUCGUUUCAUGGAUGCGGUUGUCUUCUCGUAAAACUCAUUUUUGCCUACGUGUGCACAUCGUCUGAUGUUGCAAAUUAUUUUUAAGUGGUGAUUUUUAGAGAAAAAAUGUUCGAUUUUGUUUCAAAAAAUUUUGACAAAUAUACUGCUUCGUCAAAUGAACUUUUUUUCUUCCACGCGUUUAUAGGUUAAGUAGUAUUCGUGACCCUUUUCGCCACAAAAAGACAAGAGGAGUAAUUUUUUUUUGUGCAGGCAAUUCUAAUACAUACCGUGGUCUCAUUGGCUCUAUGAAAAUUGGUGUAGUACAUGGCUUUCUCUCUCGUGGGAAGGUAAAGGGUACCAAAAACCUUUUAUUUCCUGGUUGUUUCCAUCGAGUGAAGCACAUUCGGACUGCAAGCACUACAUUUCAAAAUGCAUGAACCCCACAGCCUGUAAGCACCAUCCAACACAUGGACUUCAACAAUCAUCAAUCUGAUGUACCUACCAUUGUGGAAUACAUCGUUUCUGUACCAUACAUCACUGCGACUAGGACUUACAUUUAUUGUUUACUUUUACCUUAGGUAACUAAUUUUCUUUCGUGAAUAAACUUUGUGUCACCUAGACAGUAUCUAUACUUUCAGAGUACCUUGUGUUUAAUGAUGUCUACUUUUUAAAUAUAUUGCAUUGCAAAAGAUUAAAA